AAUCUCUCUCUCUCUCUCAUUAAGUUCAGCCCACUUCACUUGUAUAUAUAAAUCACUCUCAUCCCUCAUCUCUUCAUCAAUCCACCAUUCUCCUCUGCUUUCUUCAUCCUUCAUUACUACUUCUUUCUUCUACGAGUUUCAGAAUGGCUACUGCUGAGGUUGUGUCAGUACAAAGUGCACUAGCAGAGGAGAGAGUUGAGGAACCAGCGAAGGUUGAAACGGAGUCAGUAACCGAGAAGGUAAAGGAGAGUGUUGACACCGUGGCUCCAGAAGCUGAAGCUCCAGCUGAAGCCGAGACGAAGGAGGCAAAACAAGUAGAGGAAGAGACCAAAGAAACUCCGGAGUCUGCAACUGUCGCUGAAGCGAGUGAAGAGACUGUUACGGAAGAAGAGACAACAGAAACCACCGAGAAAGCUGUUGACGAGACAAAAAAGACUACAGAAGCGCCUGCUGUUGUUGAGGCAGCCGAAGCAGAAGCAGUAGCAGCAGUAGAAGCAGUAGCAGCCGAAGCAGAAACAGUAGUAGAAGCAGAAACAGUAGCAGAAGCAGAAGUUGAAGCACCGAAAGAAGAGAAGAGUGAUAAGGAAGAAGAGAAGAAAGUUGAGACAGAGGGAGAAGGUGCAGUUGAAAGCAAAAGCGAGUAAGGGGUAGAAUCUGUGUGUCGUAUUUUGGAUCGUGUCUAGUAUUUGUAAUAAAGAGUAGUGAGGAGGAUGAGAUGAGCCCACCCAGACCAGCUCUUGCAUGCCAUCUCAUCUGAAUCCAACUUUUGCUUUUCUUCUUUAAUAUUAACCUUUCGUUUGCUGCAUCUAUGUUUGGUACAAA